GGCGCCUCCCCGCCCCGCCCCCGCCCUCCUGUAUAAUAUUCGCCCACCAUCGCCUCAACUUGCGCCGGGGGGCGAUGACUAAUUGCGCCAGAUGCAAUGCAUCCGUGCGUCCUCUCUCUCCCCGUCUCUGCUGGCUCUCUUCUCCCUAGCUAUCUCGCAGGGUCGCAGGCUCUCGAUCUCCACCCCACUAGCCUGUCUGCGUCGCUGUGCCCAGCAGCAAUCGCCGGCCAGCCUUCUUCCUCAUACCAAAGCUAAAAGUGGCAAUGGAAAGAUGAUGCUUCUGCCAUCGGUCUCGCCAGGCGAACUAGAUCUGGCCUGAUUCGGCGAUCGGGCAGUCAGAGUAUACGAGAUUGAGAGCUUCAGCUCCACGACUCUAUAACUAGCGACUAACGCUGCACUGCAUGCGUGCCUUCGACUUCAACAAGAAGGCGCACGCAAAGGCCAAGCUGAUCGCCAACAGUGCCGGUCCCAGCCGCGGCGCACCCGCCGCGCCCAGUAGCGACAUGGAGAGCGGCAGGGGCGGCGGCGGCGGCGCGUCAUCGUCACGCAUGGCGACGUCCGAUCAGAGGCUCCUCCACAGGGCGGAGGAGGAGGAGCGUAGCAGCCACGGCGGAGGCGGCGGCUUCUGGGCCAGGUACUCCUCGUUCUCGUUCCUGCUGCUCGUGGGCGUCACCAUGUCGCUGGUGAUCCUCCCGCUCGUCCUGCCACCGCUCCCGCCGCCGCCGUCGAUGCUGAUGCUGGUGCCGGUGGCAAUGCUGGUGCUGCUGCUUGUGCUGGCGUUCAUGCCGACGACGUCGACGGCCGGCCGCGGUGGGGCGGGCCAUACCUACUUGUAGAUAAUCACAAUCACAUUGCUUUCCUUUUUUUGUCUUUUCAUUUGGAUUUUGUGAUAGGGAGAUGUAUACAUGGAUCAACCCAAGGUCCUCUACCGCACUUCUGAAUCCUAGCAACCUUGUCAUUGUCCGGCUAAUUAAUCUGAGUCUAGUUACGGCUCGUAUGCUUACACAGAAUGUUCAGAGACAUUACUUACAUAUAUCAACUGGUUUAUAUUUACAUUAUUACAGCA